AAUCGGCGCGAACGGGUGUGAGUUUCAGAGUCCAAGUCCAAGUACCCGAACUGUGUCUGUGACCACCUGUAGCAGGUUCCAGAGGGAGUCCCGAGUGGUGCAACUUUAUCCAAUUAGCAGAGUUUCGUGAUCCAGAGUCGUCUCGAGUCUCACAGAAUGGCGCCCCGCAACAAGCAACAGGAACAGGAAGUGCUCGAGUGGAUCGCGGGCGUGCUCGGUGAGAAGCUCCCCCCGGGCGCCUACGAGGACGUCCUCAAGGACGGUGUGGUGCUGUGCAAGCUGGCCAACAAGCUGGCCCCUGGCUCCAUUAAAAAGAUCCAGGAGCGGGGCACCAACUUCCAGCUGAUGGAGAACGUCCAGCGGUUCCAGGCCGCCAUCAAGAAGUACGGCGUCCCCGAGGAGGAGAUCUUCCAGACGGCGGACCUGUUCGAGCGGCGCAACAUUCCCCAGGUCACGCUGUGCCUGUACUCGCUGGGCCGGAUUACCCAAAAGCACCCGGAAUACUCCGGCCCCUCGCUGGGCCCCAAGAUGGCGGACAAGAACGAGCGGACCUUCACCGAGGAGCAGCUGCGCGCGAACGAGGGCCAGCUGAACCUGCAGAUGGGCUUCAACAAGGGAGCCUCCCAGUCCGGCCACGGCGGCUUCGGCAACACGCGCCACAUGUAACGACUUCAUCGGCUUCAUCAUCGUCGCCUCUUCACACAUCAAAACUGUCACUUUCAGCUUGAAAAUUAGUCAUAAGUCUAAAAAAAAUAUCUCUUAUUUGUUACUACUUUCGCGUACAAAAUUAGGUCUUUUUCAACUCUCUGGAAAAUUCUGUU